CCGCGUCAGUCGCGCGCCAUCCGUCGCGCAGAACGCACGUGUCUCUACGUCACGGCCCGCGACCGGUACACCUGUGCCUGUGUCAUCGCUAACACGUAAACAUAGUUGUCACGUUGGACAAGUGCAGCCAAGUGAGAUCGGAGCGUCGCCGGCGUUGAACGCUCAAGAGUGACAGUUGCAUUCUGCAGGGCGACAGGAGUGGCAUACCAUGUAGUGAAGGAUUGUUACAAUAAGUUUACAUAACAAAAUGGCUGACAUCGAUGAGCACGUGGACGACGUCGACUACGAAUACGACAUGACGAAAAUACCGGAGAUAGUCACGGAUGAUCUGCACGAGUCGUAUGAGUCGGAGAAGAGUUAUGGAGAUAGGAGAGACUCCAAGGAGGGUUUUGGGGGGGAAGGAGACUCCGACAGCGGUGUAGACGGCGUAAGCAGUGGCUGCAGUACCGUGGACGAUUGUCCCGUUGUGUCCAUCAAUGAUGUCGUGGCGUACUAUGAUGACAUCCGGCCGCGGAGGAGAUAUGUGCCCCAGCUCAACUACUACCGAGUGGAUAUUGAGAGGAUGGCUUUGGACGCUGUUGUUCAGAGCGAAUCGAGCUACACCUCUUCGGAAGAGGGCUGCGGCGGCGGAGAACGCCACGCCGUGCUCAGCUACGAGCAAGUGAGGAGACUGAAUGAUGUUAUGGAUGAAGUGGUUGCCAUACACGGCCGAGGCAAUUUCCCGACCCUGCACAUUCGUCUGCGCGAGCUGGUGGCGGGCGUCCGGGCGCGACUGGAAGCUGCGCAGACAGAAGGCGGGGCGGGCAUCACUGUACGGGACGUCCGUCUCAACGGCGGCGCCGCCAGCCACGUUCUCACCGACCAUCCGCAACCUUUUUCUGACAUCGACCUCAUAUUCACCGCGGAACUGCCCACAGCGCGCCACUGCGAUCGCGUCAAAGCCGCAGUCCUCGGACAUCUAUCCACACUGCUGCCCGCCGCGACCCCCCGCCGCAGGGCCACUCCAGCAGGACUCAAGGAAGCCUACGUCUCUAAAAUGGUUCGAGUAAACUCAGACGGAGACCGCUGGUCGCUGAUUUCACUGGGAAACUCGCGCGGCCACAAGUCCGUCGAACUCAAAUUUGUCGACACGAUGCGUCGCCAGUUUGAAUUCUCCGUAGAUUCAUUCCAAAUUGCACUGGAUUCUUUGCUUGCAUUCCACGAAUGCGCUCAGUUGCCGAUCGGAGAGAACUUCUACCCGACUGUAGUUGGGGAAUCGGUUUAUGGUGAUUUUCAUGAAGCACUUUGGCAUCUAUCUGAAAAAUUAAUCGCUACGAGACAGCCUGAAGAGAUCCGCGGUGGUGGCCUGUUGAAGUAUUGCGCGCUGCUCGCGAAAGGCUACAGACCGGCGCGGCCUGACAAAAUCAAAACCCUGGAGCGCUACAUGUGCUCAAGAUUCUUCAUAGACUUCCCAGAAUUGGGACAACAACGAGCCAAACUUGAGGCAUACCUCCGAAAUCACUUUGUUGGCCGAGAAGAAGAGGCGCUAAAGCACAGGUACCUGACGCUGCUGCACGGCGUGGUGCGCGAGUCCACCGUGUGCCUGAUGGGGCACGAGCGGCGCCAGACGCUGGCGCUGAUCGAGGCGCUGGCGUGCCGCGAGCUGUGCGCGCGCGCGCCGCUGCUGCUGCCCGCGCUGCCCGUGAGCGUGCCCGUGCUGCCGCAGUACUACGUGUGCGUGUGCGCGGCCUGCGUGCCGUGCGCGGCCUGCGCCUGCUGCGACUGCUGCCGCCCCGCGCUCUGCCCGGCGUGACCGCCGCGACCGACCGACCAUGAAUUUAGUGCCAAAUGUAUAUAAUUAUAUGUAUAUGUGUAUACGCUACGUGUAUAUAGUGUGAGAUCGCGCGCGGUUACGCUCUGCGUCAAUUCGAUGUUGCUCACUGUACCCGGAUCAAUUGUUGUCAAUUCGCGCCCGCGUCCCGACCCCGCCCCCGGCGACUCCGACGCGUCACUCAUAUUCCACUAGAUAGGACGCCCGCUGAGGCGUGACGUAAUUUUUAGUCGUACUCCUGUCGUGUUAGUUGCUUAACAUGUCAGCAGUACGGAAAUUAUAGAUCACGCGACGAUCGAGGACGAUGCGGCCCGACGCGGACGGUCCGCCCGCGAAAGACUAGUUAGUUAUUUUUAAGCUUAUGUUUAGAUCGUCUCCGAUAGUGUUAUGGCAUGUCUCUCUUCAUAAUGACCGCGCGAGCGAUUAACAAACUCGACUCAUUCAUAUUCCUAAAAACAUCUUCCCCUAUCUGGCGAAAGAAAACUGUGAAAUGUUCGGUUGUUAUGAUCAUUAUGCAAUGGCGUCCAACCGAACGCACACACCUGAAUCUUUUGUGAGCUAGCCAUCAUAUCUUUACCACACACAUUCUCCUCCAACCCACACACACACACGCACGCACGCACACAGUCCCGAUCAACUGGCCUUGAAACGCGACAAGGACGUAAACAUCCAAAUUUAAACAUAGUGAGUAAAAAACAGGAUUCAGACGCGGAGUUAGGUAUAAAACUGGGCUCAAUCUUGAGUAACUAUUUUGAGGUCAAAGAAACGUUUCGUUCCUCGUUGAUAUAAACGACCUAUUUUAAUAGCUAUUUAUUAAUCUAUAUAAAUGUAUGUAUACACUUCUUUCAUAGUUAUCUAGUAUUGUAUACGAGUUAUUGUAAUACCAAAAUGUAAAAAAAAAUACGAAAAAUAAUUAUAAAAGUAAGUCGUGUACAAUACUGAGAUUAUCUUUUUAUAUUAAACACCAUAUAAAUAUUUUAAGAACAUUUACAAGUUAGUAAAUUCAUGUAACAGAGUACUUAGAAACAUGUUUUUUAUUAAUUUUAAACGUCUCAAUAAAUAAAAACAGUAGUCGGUAUGCAAAAUUGUGAUUUAAUUGUUGUAGAUUUAAUGUUGUCGAUGAUUAUAUACCUACUUAACAUAUUAUCUAGUUAAAUUCGAUAGAGAGAUAUAUUAUUGUUGUAUUUAAUAUAGAUAUACGAAUGGUGUAAACAGUGUCCGGCCAAUGUGCAUGUCUUAUAUAGUUGCCAACGCAAAGUUAUAUGUAUACAAACGUAGCAUGGAUUAAUUCUAAGUUUUUCUAUUAAAUCCGGAGUACUCAAGUACAACCUGCUUAUCUUUAAGAAACUUCGGAACAAUUAACGAUUUUAUGAACGAAUUUUUCUAUCUUGCUCACUAUCGAACCAAAAUUUGAGAUCUCAUUUUUAUUAGCAUUCGAAUGUUGAUUUGCCUCGAUUGUUUUGUUUUACUUCGCUCUUGGUAUGUACACUGUACUGCGUGCCUGCGUUCUAUCAUAAUGUUUUCAUUUUAUGUAAUAAAUUGUUGUUAUAUUAUCUAUCAUAGAUUAUAAUAUACCAUAGAUAUGUAGAUUAUAAAUGAAAUAUAGCUACGUAAUAUAAAUGUCUAUAUAAUACUAAUAAAAAAAGAUAUAAACAGUUUGAAAACACAUUAUGUAUGAACGCAGCGCUAUUUUUGGACAAUGUAGUACUAAAAUAAGACCAUGAUCAUGAUGUACUUAGUAAUGUAAUUUAAAGUACAUAAUGUAGCUAACAAAAAUUUAAACUAUAUUCCAUUCUAUUAAGAAUAUUAUUACUAGUAUUACGCCUGGGAUACGUUGAUGGAAUUAGUUUAGAACGAAAUAGAUCGGUCGUAUGAGAGUCAAAUGUAUUGUUUAACGAUAGAUUAAGGCGUGUUUGUCGAAUGCGAAGCCAGCCACAAUAGUUUCGUUUCAUGUUGAUGAAGGAACUUUGUAGUACAUGUGAAGUACACGAUUCAAAGUGCACACUUGUCUACAUUUAUCUUCUGUUGUAAAAACUAUUUCUAUGUUUAAUGCCUCGCUCGCUAUCGAGGCAGGCAUCUAAGUUGUGAUUUGUUAUUUUUGAAUCUUUACUGUCAUUUUCUGAAUCUAAUUAUUCAAGCAAACAUAUUUACGACUGACGCACUGACGCAUAAUAGACACAAAGUAAUUCUGUACAAUCAACAAUGAACGGUUGACGUAUCACUUGAGUGAUUAGAUUCGUGCAUCUGUGAUCGAUCGGCACUUUUCUUUAAACUACCUCCUCGUAAGAACUUUACAGACAAUGUUUUUAAGGAGCUGUAACGAAUACUUAAACUGUUUUGCUGAGUGAUGAUUUUUAGUUAUGAAAAAAGCAAAGUCGUGAGACAUUGUGAACCUAAAUCAAAUUAUUUCAUUACGUUGAUUUGUUGGGCACUAAAACUAAUUGAGCGAUAGUUUAUAUAUUAAGUAUUCGAUACAGAAUAUUGUUUACGCCUGUUUACUUAUCGAGCUCUUCCUUAUCAACACUUGUGACGAAUCGCUUCCAUAACGGUCUAAAUAAUAUUAUUCUAUAUACAAUUAUAACGGAGAGACAUGAUGUAGUGUAGGCUUUAUUUUUUCUAUAGUUACCAUCAGUUUUCAGCUAGCCUUACUUUAAUGUUUAAUUUUUAAUUCUAUUACUUAUGCAUUAUACAGCGUUUGUGUGUGUUCAUUUCAAGCUGUUUAUCAACUAAAUCUUCCGCUGAAUUUAUAUUAUCGGAGAACUUUGAAAUGCAAGAUACGAAACGUAAACCAUAAUUAUUAUUCCUAUUGCUUAAAUUAUGCUCUGAAAAUAAUAUUAUUUAUAGAGAAUAGAAACGUCAACAAAGGAACAAAUAAAUUAUAUUUUUGGUAGGCAUGAAAAUAUCUAAUUUAGAGAUGAAAGCACACAAACGCAAAACGAGAACGUUGCGAAAAUUCGGUAACGCGAAAUUACAGUUCGAUAUUACAAUAUAAUUAUAUGAAAUUGUAUUAGAUCUGUUUAUUUUUGGAUAUCGUUUCGAAGACUGAAUAAUGUUUCGUUUAUAGGCCUAAUUUGACGCGAAGUCAAUAAACGAAAUUACGCGUGUGACGUCAUCACUUUGAGAUGCGAGACGCGUGUAAGCAAUAGUGAAAGUGCCGUGUCUCUUAAUUAGGUGUGUUGAUCUUUGACGACUACACGCCACUGCGAUUUUUCUUAUCAAUCACGUCAUUUUUAUUCCUUCAAAGUGCCUUCAUAAGGCCUUAGUGUUCGUUUCAAGGUUCGUUUAGACGUUUCUGACCGUACAGCUCAUAUGUCAAGUUUAUUAAUUGUAGUCUUCUUUUCAAAAAAAGAUUAUUAAAAGCAUAAUUUUAUAGUAGAAAUUUCCCAAUAUUCAAAGUAAUUCAUGCAUAAGAAAAUUUUCAAUAUUCCAAGAAAUUCAUGCAUGAUUGUUAUUUUAUAAGCUAUUCGAGUAUUGCGUAGAAUUUUACAUUCAAAUAAGUAAAAAAAAAUCGCAGUCGCGUCGCAUGUCGUGUCGUGCGCGUGUCGCAGUAUUGUAGUAUCGAACGCCGAAGCGACGCCGGGCGCGGCCGCUCAUAUGUUCCAAGCGACCCCGCGCCCACCGGACUCUCUAGUUUAGGAGAUGUUAGUACAUAAUGCCUUAUGUUGUUUAAGCUUAUAGGUUUAUCAAAUAUAUUUACUUAGUUAUUAUUUCUCUCUUCCGAGUUGCCUGUUUCGUAUAGCAAGAAGCGUCGAUUCGCUAAUGGGUUACAUAAUGUUUAUAUAUUUGUGAAGAGUUUUAAGCUAUUGUAUAAAUUUUACAGAAAACUAAAUAAAAAUGUUGUGAAAAUAAAUUAUAAAAAAGUGAUAAA